AUGCCGCACGUUACUAGGAAGUGGGAGCUUUUCCCUGGUAGGAAUCAGUUCUGCUGCGACGGCCGAGUCAUGAUGGCUCCACAAACUGGUAUUUUCUAUGUGACGGUCUGUUUAAUUGCUGGCACGAGUGGAUUAUUCUUUGCAUUUGAUUGUCCAUUUCUAGCAGUGCAUAUUACGCCUGCAAUUCCAGUUAUCGGUGGCUUAUUAUUUUUAUUUGUGAUGUCGGCGCUGCUUCGAACAAGUUUCAGCGAUCCGGGUGUUAUACCAAGAGCAACGUCAGACGAAGCAGCCUAUAUCGAGAAGCAAAUUGAAGUGCCAAAUAAUGGUAACUCACCGACGUACAGGCCUCCACCUCGCACAAAGGAGGUUUUAGUCAGAGGCCAGCCAGUAAAAUUAAAAUAUUGUUUUACUUGCAAAAUAUUUAGACCUCCUAGGGCCUCUCAUUGUAGUUUAUGCGACAAUUGUGUAGAACGAUUCGAUCACCACUGUCCAUGGGUUGGCAACUGCGUAGGACGAAGAAAUUAUAGAUAUUUUUACGCAUUCAUCGUGUCACUGGCAUUCCUGUGCGUUUUUAUAUUUGCAUGCGCUGUCACUCAUCUCAUAAUGUUAACGAGAGACGACAGGCCAUUCCUAGAAGCCGUAAGGCUCUCCCCUGGCAGCGUUGUCGUGGGAGCUUUAUGUUUUGUGUCGGCUUGGAGCAUUUUAGGACUCGCCGGCUUCCAUACAUAUUUAACAACGAGUAAUCAGACUACAAACGAAGACAUAAAAGGUUCAUUUACGAGCAAAAGGGGCCAAGAGAGUUUCAACCCGUACAGCCAAGGAAACGUCUGUGGGAAUUGCUUCUACGUAUUGUGUGGGCCCGCACCGCCGAGUCUUAUCGAUCGGAGGGGCAUAGUAACGCCGGAAUACAGAGCGGAGCAAGAAAAGACGGGCGACGACAACGUCACCGUCAACAACAAAACUUACGGGACGGUCAAAAUUGUCCAGCCACAGCCGAACGGCAUGAACAUUCCAACGAACCCGGGGAUCGAGCACGCCGACUCGAUAAACAACCUGGUGCCCGGUCAGCGCCUCCCCAGGAUAGAGUCGAUCAACGGUAGCAGCAGGAACGACUGCGCGAGCCGGCUCGUAGCGAGCGAGGCGUCGUUGGCGUCGCUGAGCGUCGGGGCCGUCGACAUCGACGAGAUCGGGCCGCUGCCGGCGCGCCAGGUCGCGCCGACGUCGUCGGGCCUCGAGGCGCCCCCGGCCGUCCCCGCGGCCGCCGCGACGCCCCUCUCGGCGUCCAGGCUCAGGCUCCUCCAGGACACCACGAUGAUCGAGUCCGCCCUGGAUCUGGACUCCCUGGAGGACGCCAGCGUGGGCAGGGGAAGUCAGGCAGGCCUCAUCAAAAUCGGCGUCGUUUAGCCCCGGCCUGGCGGGACGACUCGAGGGAACGAGCGAGGCGUCCUUGGCGUCGUAUUCCCGACGAGGCGACGCUUUCGCUUUCUCUCGGGGUUUGAACCGCAUCCGCGACCUCGAUGCCGGAGGAAACGAUCCGGGGAAUUCGUCGCUUCUACCUUUUGGGUCUAUACGCGUGGAAUGAAUAUCGUGUACCCGUCGGGGCGGACCUCGCCGAGGGUCUGGGGAACUCGUAAAGGUUCCUUCGAAGGCGCAGACUCGUUACGAGGGCAUAAUUGUUUCGUAGACUCUCCGGAGGGUGAUCGGAAGACGUAGAAUCGAAUUCGUUGGUCGGCUUUGACGCGCCACUCGGCGGAACAGCUGAUCGCGUCCGUCCUGCGACGCGGUCGCGAGACGGUCGUUGCGACCCUACGUCCCCGACCGCAUUGUGGAAUCGAUUAACGAGAGAGCGGUCCAAGGCGAAUUUAAAUCCUUUUUAAAUUAUUAACGACGAUCACCGGGUGGCUCCAUUGCACUCGCGGUGGAAACGAGGAAGUUUACGCGUUCCUGAUUACGGAAUCGGGGCAAUCGAUGCCCAAGCGAGACGAGGUCGUUGAGCUCGCUCGUUAACGAGCCACGAUCCGUGCGGUGCUUUAGAUUAAUUAUUGCCUUUUUACGCUCGUUAAUUACGAGUCGUGAUCCGCGCGGUCUAUUUGAAAGACUAGGUUCCGAGAAACCACCUAUGAACGGUGGAGGGCGGUCUAACGACUGUGGCUUAAUCGUUGAGAUCGAUUCGAUGAUGACCCAUGCGUAUGUACACUUUCCAAGGCGUCGCCCAGAAGCACACGGUCCGAUUCGUUCCCUCUACAUGCCCUUAUCGAUAAGACUGGCAAGAGUUCACAAGCGAUCCGGGAACUUCGAGAAUCUUGGAGUCCUCGGAAUUGGGAAAAAAUUUUCGAGCCGCCUGUGCUCGCUUGCUCGCGUUCGGAAUUGUAUCGUCGACUCUGUUCUCUUAGAAUAGUAGCGAUUGCGAUACUAGAUUUAAGGCACGCAACUAUUAGGACUCGAUUAAGCGAUAAGAAGUCCCGAGAUGAUAAACAGGAUAAACGGUGCAUCGUUGCUGGAUGUGCUAAGCUUUGUAGGCCGAAACUCUUUUCUGUAUGUCCUACGAGGCGAAGCUUAUUUUCCAAAAGUUGAACGGGCAUGCGUAAAAUAAUUCUAUUUCGCGUACAGGGAGUAUAUAACGAUUCUUUAACGGUGACACCGAUCAACGGUUACUUUUCAUUCGAAGUAGAGGAUGUAAAGAAUAUUUUUUUGGAGAAUAAGGCUUGCCCUGAUUUACAGUUUUAAUUCCUACAGCGAUUCCGUAAACUGCUUUUCCUUUUAUCGAAGUGCAAUUAUUGCCUGGGACUGUCGUGUAUGUACAGUGUACAAAGAGUACUGUAAAUAAGAGAGCGAACGAGUAUAUUAUGUAUAGAAAAAUGUGGCGGGAUAUGUGGACGCACUCUGAGGAAUUAGCAAGGUGAUAUAACGUGAUGGCACGGAGCACUUUUAGGGGUACGCAAUGACCACUGCCUCGUCUACGAAAUAAUUUUUGUAUCGACAUUGACGGUAACGCAUCAUUUAAUUCGGCAGCAAGGACAUUGUGACGAUUCGACGUGAAAAGAAUAUGUCACCGUUAGAAUUAUGGUAAUGUAAUUUAGGUAAUUACUGCUGCCAAUGGCGCGGCUCUUUUUAUGUACAUAAGUUGUGUAUAUGACUAUAUGUAUAUACCGUAUACAAAUAUUGUAAGAUCAUUAUAAUAUAACGACAGUUAAAUCAAAA